AUGCGAUUCGCUCAGCUGGCUAGAUUCUCUCCUGAGAUGGUCAGCAUCCAAGAUGUAAGGAAUCAUCGCUUUAUGGUUAUCUUUGGAGAUCAUUUGAUUAUUUCUUGUGUGGUUGCUGCAUUAAAUCCGGAUAUAGAUAUUUCUAGAUUGAUGGCACAUGCACGACAGAUAGAAGGCCGCUUACAAAAUCGCAAGGCUGAGAGAGAAAGAGAACAAAUAAGAGGGCCAAGACAACUGGCAUGUUUCAGGGAGGUGAUAGAGGUUAUUCUAGUAGAGGUCCACAAAUGCAAGCUUAGACAGUUUGGAGUCGAGGGUCAUAAGAUGCAUGACUCUCCUAGUCUUGGAGCUGAGGGUAGAGGUGAUAGGCCACAAUAUACUGGCUCUGCAAGAGCAUCCUCAUCAUCAACACCUUCUUCAUCACGUGGUCCUCAAUCAUCAGUAGGUAGAGGUUCAAGCAGAGGCAUAGGAUAUGGGUUUGGAGCUAGCUCGAAGCGUAUAUAUGCACUAGUCAGUCGGCAAGAUUCCGAGGCAUCCCUAGAUGUGGUUAUAGGUACCUUAUCUAUUUUCUUUUAUAAUGUAUAUGCAUUGAUAGACCCAGGGGCUACCUUAUCAUAUGUUACUCCAUUCGUUGCAAUGAACUUUGAAGUAGAGACAAAGUUAUUACGUGAGCCAUUUACAAUAUAA